AAACAACACAAGAAAUGGGAAAAAAAGAGAGAGAAUAAUUAAUGCUUGUUCCUUAUUUGUUAGACGUCCAUAGCAAUGGCGGCUGUCACUGGAAGAUCUGGAGAGGCAAUAUACGCUAGCAGUGAGCAUGUGAAUGCAGUAACUUUUCAGUCUCACUUAUGGCGCAAUGGUUAGGCAGUUGCUCACUGACAUUGAAGACGUCGAGGAAGUAAACAAGCAGCUUGAUCAAAUGGGUUAUAACAUUGGAGUCGGAUUGGUUGACGAGCUUCUGUCAAAAACCAAUAUCUCUAAAUGUACCAACUUCAAGGAAUCUGCUGAAGUGAUUGCAAAGAUUGGUUUUAAGAUGUUUCUUGGCAUCACUGCAUCUGUUGGCAAUUGGGAUGCUGAUGGAAUGUCGUUCAGUUUGGUUAUGGAGGAUAACCCAUUAAUAGACUUUGUUGAACUUCCGGAUACAUAUCAGGCGCUGAAGUAUUGCAACCUUCUGACUGGAGUAGUUCGAGUAGCUUUGGAGAUGGUUAACAUGAAAACUGAAGUUACCUGGGUACACGACGUGCUGCAGGGGGACGACGCAUAUGAGUUACAGGUAAAACUACUAAAGCAGCUUUCAGAAGAAUACCCUUAUAGAGAUGGAAAUUAAACUGCCUUUCCCAUUUGCAAUUGUUAAAAGUGAUUUUUGUGCAUCGUUAGAAC